CCGCCGCGGAGUUAAACUUUGGGGAAGGAAAACGAGCCACCGGAGCCGGGCGACCCUCCCUUGCCCCACCCCCCCACCGCGGCCGGUAACGCCCCCUUCUCCGCGGGCCCCCGACCGAACUUUUCUCCAGCUUCCGAGACCCGUGAGAUUCCCUCCUUAGCACCCCGGCCCUCUGGAUCCCUCUGCCCAUCCCCGGGCCCGUCGCGAUCUCCGACUCAGAGACUCUUGCCCUCCACCCCCAGGGUCCGGGUCCCGCCAUCCUCCAGUCCCUUCAACCUGCCGGAUUCCUCUUCUCGGAUCCCCGGGAUCCCGCGCUCCCACCACCCGUUUACGAGACCCCUUAGAUCCAGUGAUCCGGGUUCCCCGGUCUCCUCCGGCCGGAUCCUGGGUGGGCGCCGGGCGGCCGGUCCCGGGCCUCCCCCCAUGGCCGCCGCCCCCUCCCAUCCCACCGGGCUCCCGGGCUCUCCCGGGCCGGGGUCUCCUGCGCCCCUCGGCAGCUUGGAGCUGCAGUCGCCGCUACCGCUGCUGCCCCAGGUCCCGGCCCCGGGUCCCGGGGUCUCCUUCCACAUCCAGAUCGGGCUGACCCGUGAGUUCGUGCUGUUGCCCGCCGCCUCCGAGCUGGCCCAUGUGAAGCAACUGGCUUGCUCCAUCGUGGACCAGAAGUUCCCCGAGUGUGGCUUCUAUGGCCUUUACGACAAGAUCCUGCUCUUCAAACAUGACCCCACGUCCGCUAACCUCCUGCAGCUGGUGCGCUCCGCGGGAGACAUCCAGGAGGGCGACCUGGUGGAGGUGGUGCUGUCGGCUUCGGCCACCUUCGAAGAUUUCCAGAUCCGCCCGCACGCUCUCACGGUGCACUCCUACCGAGCGCCUGCCUUCUGCGACCACUGCGGGGAGAUGCUCUUCGGUCUAGUGCGCCAGGGCCUCAAGUGUGAUGGCUGCGGACUGAACUACCACAAGCGCUGCGCCUUCAGCAUCCCCAACAACUGCAGUGGGGCUCGCAAACGGCGCCUGUCCUCCACGUCUCUGGCCAGUGGCCAUUCGGUGCGCCUCGGCACCUCGGACUCUCUGCCCUGCACGGCUGAUGAGCUGAGCCGCAGCACCACCGAGCUCCUGCCUCGCCGCCCCCAGUCAUCCUCCUCCUCCUCGUCUGCCUCAUCCUACACCGGUCGCCCCAUCGAGCUGGAUAAGAUGCUGCUCUCCAAGGUCAAGGUGCCACACACCUUCCUCAUCCAUAGCUACACGCGGCCCACCGUCUGCCAGGCUUGCAAGAAACUUCUCAAGGGCCUCUUCCGCCAAGGCCUGCAGUGCAAAGACUGCAAGUUUAACUGUCACAAACGCUGUGCCACCCGAGUCCCUAACGACUGUUUGGGGGAGGCGCUUAUCAAUGGAGAUGUGCCAAUGGAAGAGGCCACCGAUUUCAGCGAGGCCGACAAGAGCACCCUCAUGGAUGAGUCAGACGAUUCCGGUGUUAUCCCCGGCUCCCACUCGGAAAACGCCCUGCACGCCAGCGAGGAGGAGGAAGCUGAGGGAGGCAAAGCCCCGAGCUCCCUCGGUUACAUCCCCCUGAUGAGGGUGGUGCAGUCAGUGCGACACACGACACGGAAAUCCAGCACCACACUGCACGAAGGUUGGGUGGUUCAUUACAGCAACAAGGACACGCUGAGGAAGCGGCACUAUUGGCGCCUGGACUGCAAGUGCAUCACACUCUUCCAGAACAACACAACCAACAGAUACUACAAGGAAAUCCCACUGUCGGAGAUCCUCACUGUGGAGCCCGCCCAGAACUUCAGCCUUGUGCCACCAGGCACCAACCCACACUGCUUCGAGAUCGUCACCGCCAAUACCACCUACUUCGUGGGCGAGACGCCUGGCGGGGCCCCAGGAGGGCCCAGUGGGCAGGGGGCAGAGACCGCCCGGGGCUGGGAAACGGCCAUCCGCCAAGCCCUGAUGCCCGUCAUCCUCCAGGAUGCACCUAGCGCCCCAGGCCACACGCCCCACAGACAAGCUUCUCUGAGCAUCUCUGUGUCUAACAGUCAGAUCCAAGAGAAUGUGGACAUUGCCACUGUCUACCAGAUCUUCCCGGACGAGGUGCUGGGCUCGGGGCAAUUUGGAGUGGUCUAUGGAGGAAAGCACCGGAAGACGGGCCGGGACGUGGCAGUCAAGGUCAUCGACAAACUGCGUUUCCCCACCAAGCAGGAGAGCCAGCUCCGGAAUGAAGUGGCCAUUCUGCAGAGCCUGCGGCACCCAGGGAUCGUGAACCUGGAGUGCAUGUUCGAGACGCCAGAGAAGGUGUUCGUGGUGAUGGAGAAGCUGCACGGGGACAUGCUGGAGCUGAUUCUCUCCAGCGAGAAGGGCCGCCUGCCAGAGCGCCUCACCAAGUUCCUCAUCACCCAGAUCCUGGUGGCUUUGAGACACCUUCACUUCAAGAACAUCGUUCACUGUGACUUGAAACCAGAAAACGUGUUGCUGGCAUCAGCUGACCCAUUUCCCCAGGUGAAGCUCUGUGACUUCGGCUUCGCACGCAUCAUCGGCGAGAAGUCGUUCCGGCGCUCGGUGGUUGGCACGCCGGCCUACCUGGCGCCCGAGGUGCUGCUCAACCAGGGCUACAACCGCUCGCUGGACAUGUGGUCGGUGGGCGUGAUCAUGUACGUCAGUCUCAGUGGCACGUUCCCUUUCAAUGAGGAUGAGGACAUCAACGACCAGAUCCAGAACGCCGCCUUCAUGUACCCAGCCUGUCCCUGGAGCCGCAUCUCCGCGGGAGCCAUUGACCUCAUCAACAACCUGCUGCAAGUGAAGAUGCGCAAGCGCUACAGCGUGGACAAGUCUCUCAGCCACCCGUGGUUACAGGAGUACCAGACGUGGCUGGAUCUCCGAGAGCUGGAGGGGAAGAUGGGUGAGCGGUACAUCACGCACGAGAGCGACGACGCGCGCUGGGAGCAGUUCGUGGCGGAGCACCCGCUGCCCGGGCCGGGGCUACCCACCGACGGGGAGCUGGGUGGGGCGCUCCCACCGCAGGACCACGAGAUGCAGGGGCUGGCCGAGCGCAUCAGCGUCCUCUGAGGCUCUGUGUCCUCGCCCUGGCUGCCCCGUGAUGCCGUCCUCCCGCCCUCGGCGGGCGGCCCUGCACACCAUCCCAGUGAUGGUCGAACUGCUCAAGGGAAGGCGGCUUCCUGACCAAACUGGAUGAGACACACCCCGGGGGAGGAGCGUGGCGGAGAUGGGCGUGGGGGUGGGAGUUAUUUCCAAAGUUCAUUACCCAACAAUUAAAACGGACUCGUCUCUGACCACGUGGCCAUGGUCUCUGGCCACACCACA